AUGGACAUCGCCAACCCUGUCGCAACGCAGGUCACCUCGCUCUCCUUCUCCUACCUCCAUGCGCCAGACAUCCGCCGCAUGUCCGUCAAGCAGGUCGUCAACCCCGUCCUGUUUGACAACCUCAACAACCCGAACGCUGGAGGACUGUACGACCCUGCAUUCGGUCCGUUGGGAAAGGGAGACAUCUGUUCGACCUGCCACUUGACCUCCUUCGAGUGCCCCGGCCACUUCGGCCACAUCGAGCUUCCCGCACCCGUCUUCCACCCGCUCUACAUGGUCCAAGCGUUCCAGCUCCUCCGCGGCACUUGCACCUACUGCCACCGCUUUCUCGUCGGCGAAAUCCAGCUCCUGAAGCAGAUCGCGCGCCUGACCCUCCUCGAACACGGCCUCGUCACUCACGCUCUCGAACUCGACGCACACUUUCAAGGCCCCGCACCCGCCUCAAAGUCCAAGUCCGCCAAAGCCCGAGCCGCCGCCGCUGCAGCAGACAACGUCGAAGAUGCGGAGCAGGGCGAGUCGACGGACGAGACGGCGGACGAGUUUCGUGCGCGGUUGGAUGCGUUCGUGCAGGGCGCACUGAGGGCCGCGAAGAAGGGAAAGGGUGUUGGGAUGGAGCACCAUGGGAGGGACGAGUACAAGGAGAGCGGGACGGCGUUCGAUGUGAGGAGGAAGGUCAUCGCGCAGUUCCUCAAGACUUUGGGUGCCAAGCGACGCUGCGAGCACUGUGGAGCCUACGCCCACCGCGUCCGCAAGGAAGGCCACACGAAGAUCAUCCAGUACUCGCUCGUCGCGAAGCAGAAGGCGAUCCACAAGACCAUGCGUCUCAAGGCCCCGAACGUCCUUCGCGAGGCGCGUCUCGCUGGAAUGAAGGCGAACGGCAAUGGGAAGGCCAAGAUGGAGGUCGAUGGCGAGACGGACGAGUCGGAGGAUGACUCCGAGGAGGAGGAGGAGGAGGACAAGGAGAUGCAUGUUGAUGGCGCCGACGAGGUCGAGGAGCGGGAAGAGGAGGAGGACGAAGACGCGAUCGGCUCGGUGCGCGGCAAACAGACGGAGCGAAUCGUCACGCCCGACGAAGUGCGCGCGCACCUCCGCCGCCUCUUCGCCAACGAGCAAGAACUCGUCACGCUCAUCUACGCCCCUCACGGCCCUCUCUCGCGCGCGUCGUCGUCCCGCAUCCCGCGCUCGUCCCCCGGCCAAAAGCAAGGCGGCAAGCCCGCCGCGUCGGCCGACAUCUUCUUCAUGGACGUCGUUUCGGUCCCCCCUUCGCGCUUCCGCCCCGCCUCGACGAUGGGCGACCAAGUGUUCGAGAACCCGCAGAACUCGCUCCUCAACAACAUCCUCCGCCAGUCGAUCGUUGUGCGCGACUUGAACGUCCGGCUCCUCCAAGCUCAGACGCAGCCUGACCAUCCCGACUUGGUCGGCGAGGAUGGCAAGCCCCGCGUGACGAUCGAGCGCAUGACGACCAUGUUGUACGAGAGCUUGAUCGACUUGCAGGUCACGGUCAACUCGAUGAUGGACGCGGGGAAGAACCCCAUGCUGGUCAAGCAGGGCAAGUUGCCGACGCCCGGUGUCAAGCAGCUCCUCGAGAAGAAGGAGGGAUUGUUCCGCAAGAACAUGAUGGGCAAGCGUGUCAACUACGCCGCACGCUCCGUCAUCUCGCCCGACGUCAACAUCGAGACGAACGAGAUCGGUGUCCCGCCCGUCUUUGCGCGCAAGCUCACCUUCCCCGAGCCGGUCACCGACCACAACUACCAGCAGCUCAAGCAAGCCGUCAUCAACGGGCCGCACCAGCACCCGGGCGCGAGCUUUGUCCAGAUGGAGGACGGGAACCUCAUCUCGCUCGACCGUAUGUCGCUCGAGGACCGCACGGCGAUCGCCAACAAGCUCCUCGCGCCCGAGACGUCGACGGCCGGACAGCGCCUCGCCGCCUCGUCGCGACCCGACGUCGGACUCCCUCCGACCCGCACGCCGCAGAUCAACCGCAAGGUCUACCGCCACCUGCAGGACGGCGACAUUGUAAUCCUCAACCGUCAGCCGACGCUUCACAAGCCGUCGAUGAUGUGCCACCGCGUCAAGGUCCUCAAGGGCGAAAAGACGAUCCGCAUGCACUACGCCAACUGCAACUCGUACAACGCCGACUUUGACGGAGACGAGAUGAACAUGCAUUUCCCGCAGUCGCUCAUCGCGCAGGCCGAGGCGCGCAUGAUCGCCAACACGGACAACCAGUACCUCGUCCCGACGUCUGGCAACCCCUUGCGCGGCUUGAUCCAGGACCACGUCGUCGCUGGCGUCUGGCUCACCAACAAGGAUACGUUCUUCACCCGCGACCAGUACUACCAGCUUGUCUACGGCGCACUCCGACCCGAGAACGACUACACCGGCGAGGGGACCGUCAAGACUGUCCCGCCUGCGGUUUGGAAGCCCCGACCGAUGUGGACUGGCAAGCAGGUCAUCUCGACGGUGCUCAAGAACAUCCAGCCGGCCGACAUGUGUGGCAUCCACUUCACGUCGAAGGGCAAGGUUCCCGGCUCGGCAUGGGGCGUCUUUGCGGAGGAGGGCGAGGUCCUCGUCCAUGACGGCGACAUGCUUACGGGCAUCAUCGACAAGGCGCAGAUCGGAGCCUCGCCUUUCGGUCUCGUCCACUCCGUCUACGAGCUCUACGGCGCGUCGACAGCCGGCAAGCUCCUCUCGAUCCUCUCGCGCCUCUUGACCAAGUUCCUCCAGAGCCGCGCCUUUUCCUGCCGCAUGGACGACCUCGUCCUCACCGCCAAGGGCAACCACGACCGCCGCCGCAUGCUGCAGACCGUCAACGAGAAGGGUCUCUCGGCCGCGCUCGACUACACCGGUCUCGCCAGCGCCGACCGCGCUGACCCCGCGACUGCCGACGACCUCCGCAACCGCCUUGAGGAGAUUCUCCGCGACGACUACAAGCUCGCUGGACUCGACGCGACGGUUGAAGGCGAGACGAACCAGGUCACGACGCAGCUCAUCAAGACUUGCCUGCCGAACGGUCUCGUCAAGCCCUUCCCGCACAACAACAUGCAGACCAUGACGGUCUCGGGUGCCAAGGGCUCGAACGUCAAUGCGUCGCAGAUCUCGUGCUUGCUCGGCCAGCAGUCGCUCGAGGGUCGCCGCGUCCCCGUCAUGGUAUCCGGCAAGACGCUGCCAUCGUUCAAGGCGUUCGAGACGGCUCCUCGCGCAGGCGGUUUCGUCGCAGGCCGUUUCUUGACCGGCAUCCGGCCUCAAGAAUACUACUUCCACUGCAUGGCCGGUCGCGAGGGACUGAUCGACACGGCCGUCAAGACGUCGCGUUCCGGCUACCUCCAGCGCUGCUUGAUCAAGCACUUGGAAGGCCUGCGCGUCCACUAUGACCACACGGUCCGCAACGCCGACCAGUCGGUCCUCCAGUUCCACUACGGCGAGGACUCGCUCGACGUCACCAAGCAGAAGCACCUGCUCCAGUUCGAAUUCGCCGUCCGCAACAUGCAGUCGAUCAUCAGCCGGUACAACCCGCGCGACGCCCUCGAGCGGACGAACGAUGUCGAGGACGUUCUCCCCGACGCGAUGAAGAAGUCCCUCAAGAAGCCCGACACGCACCCUCCCGUUCUCUCGCUCGCCUCGCCCUCGACCGUCUCUGGCGCCGUCUCGGAGCGGUACGCCCGAGCGAUCGAGGACUACGUCAAGAACCCGAAGCAGCGCCUCCUUCGCCCGAAGAAGAAGCGCGACAUGGCCGACUGGCCCGCCCACAUCCGCCGCGACGACCUCGUCUCGAUCGAGCACUUCCGCUCGCUCAUGAACAUGCGGUACAUGCGCUCGCUGGUCGAGCCCGGCGAGGCGGUCGGUCUCUUGGCAUCGCAGGGUGUCGGCGAGCCGUCGACCCAGAUGACCCUCAACACGUUCCACUUUGCCGGACACGGUGCCGCCAACGUUACGCUCGGUAUUCCCCGUUUGCGUGAGAUCGUCAUGACCGCCUCGCAGGACAUCAAGACGCCGACGAUGAACCUGCCGAUCGUCGAGUCGGUCUCGGACGCGCGCCUCAAGACGUUCUGCCAGUCGUCGACUCGCCUCACCCUCUCGCAGGUCGUCGACGACGUUACCGUCGAGGAGCGCUUGACGCCGAAGACGAGCGACAACAGCUACACCCGCUCGAAGCUGUACACCGUCCGCCUCAACCUCUUCCCGCGCGCCGACUACGAGGCCGAGUACAGCGUCUCCAGCGAGCAGAUCCUCGCCGGUAUUGCCCGGACGUUCGUCCCGCUGCUCGACAAGGCGAUCGCCAAGGAGAUCAAGCAGAACGACCGCGAGCUGAAGAGCCAGGCCGCCGAUGUCGGGCGAGGAAAGAAGGAGGGCAAGCGACGAGGAGGCAAGACGAGCGGUGCGGACGAGGACGGCGCUGGAGAGGAGGACGCUGGCGUUGUCGGACGUGACGAGGGCGAGGUCAUCGACGGCGAUGCCGAUGACGAGCGACGAGGCAGGCAGGCGGACGACGAGCAGAACUACGACGACGAGGACGAGGGUGACGAGGCCGCCGACCCCGAGGAGGAGCUCGAAGCCAAGUUCAAGUCGGACGCCGAGGAGGAUGAGGAGUCGAGCGAUGAGGAGGACGACGACCCCGAAGCUGUCGCGCGCCGAUCAAAGGCCGAAUCGCUCGAGCGCAUGAAGCAGUACGAGCGACGGGUAUCCGGCUCGUCGCGCUUCAUCAACAAGCUCGUCUUCGACAAGGAGCAGGGCGAGUCGUGCGAGUUCGAACUCGAGUUCUCCUCGCAAGCCGCCAAGCUCCUUCUCGUCGGUAUCGUCGAGGAAGUCUGCCGCAUCGCCGUCGUCCACGAGGUCCCCGGCAUCUCGCGCUGCUUCGUCGCCAAGGCUGCCAAUGCGAACGCCGCCGCCCAGCGCAACGCCGUCACCGAGGGUGUCAACCUGCGCCAGCUGUGGCAGAUCGGCUACGGCAUCGUCGAUCUCAACAAGCUCGGCACGAACGACAUCGGCGCGAUCUUGCGGACGUACGGCGUCGAGGCGGCUCGCACCGCCAUCAUCAACGAGAUGUCGGCCGUCUUCUCCGUCUACGGUAUCGGCGUCGACUACCGCCACUUGACCAUCAUCGCGGACUACAUGACGUGCGAGGGCGGUUACAAGCCUUUCAACCGAACAGGUCUCGGCAACAACGCGUCGCCCCUCACGAAGGCGUCGUACGAGACGACCUCCGCCUUCAUCGCCGAGGCCGCCCUGCAUGGCGACUUCGACAACAUGAUCAGUCCGUCGUCUCGCGUCGUCGUCGGACGACCACCCGAGGCGGGUACUGGAGCGUUCGCGAUCAGGAGUAUCGUCGAGGCGGCAGCAGGAGCAGGAAGUUUGGACGAGAUGUAG